GAGAAGGGGGGUGACAGAAGAGGGUGACAAGGACACAGCAGGGAGGUGACAAGGCCACGAGGGUGACAAAAGGAAGAAGGUGACACGGCCAUAGGGGGUGACAAAAGAAAGGGGGUGACAGAGAGAAAGUGGUGACAAGGACACGGCAGGAUGGUGACAAGGACACCCACACCGUGGGUGACACCGAGCCGGGCCGUGCCGGUGUCACCCGGUGUCACCCGGAGCAGCUGUUGACUGCACACAGUGCCACACCCGCGGUGGCCCUGUCACCGGAGCCAGCCGGUGUCACCCCGCUGUCCCCGCGGUGUCGCCGGGGGUGGGGACACUGCCGUUGGCUGCCUGCGCGCGGUGCCACACCUGCGGUGGCCCUGUCCGGUUGUCGCCGGCGCCCGGGGCCAUUUAACGGCGGUGGCAGCGCGGCGGGGAGGGGACAGCAUGGAGGGGACACGGGGGACACGGCUGGAGGAGCGCGAGAGCCUGCUGGGGGCCGUGCAUGGCGUGUCCGGACCCGUGGUGACAGCCACGCGCAUGGCGGGGGCGGCCAUGUACGAGCUGGUGCGGGUGGGACACGCGGAGCUCGUGGGGGAGAUCAUCCGGCUCGAGGGGGACAUGGCCACGCUCCAGGUGUACGAGGAGACCUCGGGGGUGCAGGUUGGGGACCCGGUGCGGCGCACGGGGACGCCGCUCUCGGUGGAGCUGGGCCCGGGCAUCCUGGGCUCCAUCUUCGACGGGAUCCAGCGGCCGCUGCGCGACAUCGCCGAGGCCACGCGCAGCAUCUACAUCCCGCGGGGCACCAAUGUCCCCGCGCUGCCGCGACACCUGGACUGGGACUUUGUCCCCAGCAAGAACCUCCGGGUCGGGAGCCACGUGACGGGCGGGGACAUUUACGGCUCGGUGGCGGAGAACUCGCUGCUGCAGCACCGGCUGAUGGUCCCGCCCCGCAGCCGCGGCACCGUCACCUACAUCGCGCCCCCCGGGCACUACGGCGCGGCGGACGUGGUGCUGGAGCUGGAGUUCCAGGGGGUCCGCGAGCCGCUCUCCAUGAUCCAGGUGUGGCCAGUCCGGCAGGUCCGGCCCGUGGCCGAGAAGCUCCCGGCCAAUCACCCGCUGCUGACCGGCCAGAGGGUCCUGGACGCGCUCUUCCCGUGCGUGCAGGGGGGCACCACGGCCAUCCCGGGCGCGUUCGGCUGCGGGAAGACGGUGAUUUCGCAGUCCCUGUCCAAGUACUCCAACAGCGACGUCAUCGUCUACGUGGGCUGCGGGGAGCGCGGCAACGAAAUGUCCGAGGUGCUGCGGGACUUCCCCGAGCUGACCAUGGAGGUCGGUGGCCGCUCCGAGUCCAUCAUGAAGCGCACGACGCUGGUGGCCAACACGUCCAACAUGCCGGUGGCCGCCCGCGAGGCCUCCAUCUACACCGGGAUCACGCUGGCCGAGUAUUUCCGGGACAUGGGGCUGCACAGCUGCCUCCUGGCCGACUCCACCUCGCGCUGGGCCGAGGCGCUGCGGGAGAUCUCGGGGCGCCUGGCUGAGAUGCCGGCGGACAGCGGGUACCCCGCGUACCUCGGUGCCCGCCUGGCCUCGUUCUACGAGCGCGCGGGGCGGGCGCGGUGCCUGGGGAGCCCCGAGCGCGAGGGCAGCGUCAGCAUCGUGGGAGCGGUGUUCUGGGGGCUGGACAAGAAGCUGGCGCAGCGCAAGCACUUCCCCUCGGUGAACUGGCUGAUCUCGUACUCGCGCUACCUGCGCGCUCUCGAGCCGCACUACGAGCGCGCGCACCCCGAGCUGCCCGCGCUGCGCGACCGCGCCCGGCGCAUCCUGCAGGAGGAGGAGGAGCUGGCCGAGAUCGUGCAGCUCGUGGGGAAGGCGUCGCUGGCCGAGGGUGACAAAGUGACGCUGGAAGUGGCCAAACUGCUCAAGGACGAUUUCCUGCAGCAGAACGGAUACUCGGCCUACGACCGGUUCUGCCCGUUCUACAAGACCGUGGGCAUGCUGCAGAACCUCAUCACCUUCUACGAUCUGGCGCGGGGGGCGGUGGAGGGCGCGGGGCCCGAGGAGCAGCGUGUCACCUGGGCCACCAUCCGCGAGGGGCUCGGGGACAUCCUGUACCGCCUGAGCGCCAUGAAGUUCCAGGACCCGGUGAAGGACGGCGAGCAGCGCAUCCUGGCGUCCUACGCGCAGCUGCAGGAGGAGAUGGUGGCGGCGUUCCGAAACCUGGAGGACUGA